AUGGCUUCCUGGAGAGCAAUUUUUGCUCCGCUCUUCAGAAGUGCCGCAAGGCUCUCCGAGAGUUUUGCUGCCAAUUCGUGCAGAAUCUCAUCAAAAUACCCACCGUCUCGCAAAUCCAAUGCCUCGAGUCCUAUUAUCGGCUCCAUUCGGUCGAUGGCUACCUAUGAAAGGAAGAAGCCCCAUGUUAAUAUCGGUAUGACCAACAACAAUUGCCUCCCUUCCUUCCUUCUUGGGAAUCUCUGCUGACUUGCCUGGUUCUGUUUGAUAGGUACCAUUGGACAUGUCGAUCACGGAAAGGUUAGUGGUCAAUGCAACUGGUGCCCGAUGAGUGUAAACAUCUGACAGCCAAUUAGACUACUUUGACUGCUGCUAUCACAAAACACUUGUCUUCAAAAGGACAGGCUAGGUUCCACGAUUAUGCUUCCAUCGAUAAAGCCCCGGAAGAGCGAGCCCGUGGUAUCACUAUAUCGGCCGCCCAUAUCGAAUACGAAACCGAUUCUCGCCAUUACUCCCACGUCGAUUGCCCUGGACACGCUGAUUACAUCAAGAACAUGAUUACUGGUGCUGCCUCUAUGGAUGGUGCUAUUAUUGUCGUUGCUGCUUCCGAUGGUCAAAUGUAGGAUCUCUCCACGAUUUUGGGAGAGAUCACUGUUUUCAAUGCUAAAUUCCGGUUUAGGCCUCAAACCCGUGAACAUCUCCUACUCGCUCGCCAGGUCGGUGUCCAAAGAAUUGUCGUCUUUGUCAACAAGGUCGAUGCUCUCGAGGAUGCAGAAAUGUUGGAACUCGUCGAAAUGGAAAUGCGUGAACUUCUGUCCACAUACGGCUUUGAUGGUGACGAAACUCCAAUUGUCAUGGGAUCUGCUUUGUGUGCUCUUGAGGGCCGCCGACCGGAAAUAGGAGAACAGAAAAUCAGUGAACUCUUGGCUGCCGUCGAUGCUUGGAUUCCGACCCCUCAGCGUGAUCUUGACAAACCUUUCUUGAUGCCUGUUGAGGGUGUGUGGAAACCUAAUAAAAUACACACAAUCCUGAGCCCCUGGGCUAACCUCUUAUAGACGUUUUCUCCAUCUCCGGACGUGGGACUGUCGCCACUGGUCGUGUUGAACGUGGUAUCCUCAAGAAGGGUGAAGAAGUUGAACUUAUAGGAUAUGAGGAUGUCCCGAUCAAGACUAUCGUUACUGGCCUCGAAACCUUCAAGAAGGAACUUGACUCUGCCCAAGCUGGUGACAACUCUGGGCUUUUGCUUCGUGGUGUUAAGCGUGAACAGGUCCGCCGUGGUAUGGUUAUUGUCAAGCCCGGUACUACCAAGGCUCACAAUAAAUUCCUCGCUUCACUCUACGUCCUUACCAAGGAGGAGGGUGGACGCCACACUGGAUUUCAUGGUAACUACCGCCCACAGAUGUUCUUGAGAACCUCCGAUAUCCCAGUCACCAUCGAUCUCCCCGAGGGAUCCACCGACGAUAGCCACAAGAUGAUCAUGCCUGGGGACAACCUUGAGGUUCAGUGCACCAUCUUCAAGCCUAUGGCUGUUGACCCUGGUCAACGAUUUAACCUCCGAGAGGGUGGCAAGUGAGUUUACAUUUUUCCUAUUUGGACUGCUAGGAUAAAUUCUAACAUCCCGUGAUAGAACUGUUGCUACUGGCUUGGUCACCCGAAUUCUU